AUGUUAAAAAGGUUGGUGGGUAGGACAUCCCUGAUUUCAAAAUUUUCUUUUUCCACCAAUGAAUCAACAGAUAUCUCUGUGCGCGACUCAAUUCAUCGUCUAAUAGAUAGAGCUUCAAUGUACACAAGAAUUCCAGGCUCCUUUAUAGACGGUCUUAAAAAAUGUUCCCAUGUGCUUGAGUUAUCAAUUCCUUUAAAAAAAGACAAUGGUCAGCUUGCAGUGUUUGAAGCUUAUAGAGCACAUCAUUCAAUUCAUGCACUUCCCCUUAAAGGAGGUAUUCGUUUUGCUCCUAAUAUGAGACUAGCAGACAUUGAAGGGGUUGCAGCUUUAAUGACUCUUAAAAUGGCCUGUGCUGAUAUCCCAUAUGGAGGUGCACAUGGUGGGAUUUCAGUUGACCCAUCAUCCUUAAGUGUUUUAGAACAGGAAAGACUAGCAAGAGCUUAUGCCAAAGAACUCAUAAAAUCCGGAUUCAUGGGACCUUCUAUUGAUGUUCCAGGUCCUGAUAUUGGAACUGAUGGGAGAACUAUGGCUUGGAUUAUGGACGAAUUUUUAAAAAUAGCGCCAGAUGUAACAGAAGGAUUGGCUGCUGUUACUGGGAAACCAGAAGCAGCAGGUGGGAUUGCAGGGAGGAAAGAAGCAGCUGGUUUAGGAUUUUACUUUGCAUUGAAAAAUUUUUUGGAAGAUGAAGAACUUGUGGAGCCACUUGAGCUUACAAAAGAGUUGAAAGGAAAGAAAAUCAUUAUACAAGGCUUCGGAAAUGUAGGCUACCAUGUUUCUAAAUUUUUAAGUGAAAAUGGCAAAGCAAAAAUCAUUGGAGUUUUAGAUCAGAAUGGAGGAGUUUAUAAAGCAACUGGCUUAGACAUAACAGCUCUCAAAACUUAUUAUGAUGAGAAUAAGACCCUCAAAGGCUUUACUGAAGGCAAGCAUUUUGAUAAUCCUGAAGACGUUCUAUCCAAAACCUGUGAUAUUUUUAUCCCAGCUGCCUCAGAAAAUACAAUUACUGUCAAUAAUUCACACCUUUUGAAAUGCAAAAUUGUUGCGGAAGCUGCAAACCUGCCACUUAGUAUUAAAGCUGAGGAGAACUUAAUUAAGAAUGGGGUAGCGAUAUUGCCAGAUAUUAUCAUGAAUUCUGGAGGAGUAAUUUCUUCAUAUUUUGAGUAUGUGAAAAAUAUUGGACAUAUAAGCCCUGAAAAACUUACCAAAAGAUGGGAGCUGAAAUCAAAUGAAAAAAUAUUACAAUUUUUAGCUAGAAUUUUAGGCACUGAAGUGCAAAACUCAGACUUACAAGUGGCAUCUGAUUUGGAAAUUGUGAAUAAUGCACUAGAAGAUAUAAUCCAAAACUCUGUAAAGACAGCUAAGAAGACAUCGAAACUUUAUUCAAUUAGCUAUAAAGAUGCAGCCUAUGUAAAUGCCUUGAAUAGAAUCUAUGAGAAUCUGAGGUACAGCAGCCAUUAUGCAGCAUAG